AUGCUCCAGCAGAUCAAUGCAGCGCACGAUCAGAUGAGAGUUUUCUACGCGCUUGGGCGGCGGCGUCUGCAAGACAAGGGCAGGUUAAACGAGGAACAUGCUGCCAAGUUUGCCCGCAUUGACGAGCGCCUUUUCGCUCUGCAGCGAGAUCCUUUGCAGCUUGAGUUCUAUGAUCGCAGGAAGCAGCUUCAUGAGGAGUACGUCCGGAAAAGGUUUUUGUUGGGCAAGCAAGAAGAAGAGUGA